UCUCAGCAGCAACAACAACAACAACAACCAGCAAGCACCUCCACAACAAAAGCAACAAGAACAACAACCACAAUAGCAACUACAACAACAGCAUCAGCGGAUAGAGCGAGCAGCCAAAGCACAACAUCGAUUGACAUCGAUUAACGCAUCGUGCUAAGCGGCGGGCGCUAAUCGAACAUGGCGCCUCGGAUAUAGUUGUAGCUUUAAUGUAGCAGGCGACAUCCAUGUGCCUCAUGCCUUGGAAAUCUAAGGCUCUCAUCGUUGGCCGCAUAGACAAUGACAGAAGAUUCCGACUCGAUAUCUGAGGAAGAACGCAGUUUGUUCCGUCCCUUUACCCGCGAAUCAUUGGUGCAAAUCGAACAACGCAUUGCCGCUGAACAUGAAAAGCAGAAGGAGCUGGAAAGAAAGAGAGCCGAGGGAGAGGUGCCGCAAUAUGGUCGCAAGAAAAAACAAAAAGAAAUCCGAUAUGAUGACGAAGACGAGGAUGAAGGUCCACAACCGGAUCCUACACUUGAACAAGGUGUGCCAAUACCUGUUCGAUUGCAGGGCAGCUUCCCGCCGGAAUUGGCCUCCACUCCUCUCGAGGAUAUCGAUCCCUUCUACAGCAAUAUACUGACAUUCGUAGUUGUAAGCAAAGGAAAAGAUAUUUUUCGCUUUUCUGCAUCAAAAGCAAUGUGGCUGCUCGAUCCAUUCAAUCCGAUACGUCGUGUGGCCAUUUACAUUCUAGUGCAUCCAUUAUUUUCCCUAUUCAUCAUCACCACAAUUCUCGUCAACUGCAUCCUGAUGAUAAUGCCGACAACGCCCACGGUUGAGUCCACUGAGGUGAUAUUCACCGGAAUCUACACAUUUGAAUCAGCUGUUAAAGUGAUGGCACGAGGUUUCAUUUUAUGCCCGUUUACGUAUCUUAGAGAUGCAUGGAAUUGGCUGGACUUCGUAGUAAUAGCUUUAGCUUAUGUGACCAUGGGUAUAGAUUUAGGUAAUCUAGCAGCCUUGCGAACGUUUAGGGUGCUGCGAGCGCUUAAAACCGUAGCCAUUGUGCCAGGCUUGAAGACCAUCGUCGGCGCUGUCAUCGAAUCGGUGAAGAAUCUGCGCGAUGUGAUAAUCCUCACCAUGUUCUCCCUGUCGGUGUUCGCGCUGAUGGGCCUGCAGAUCUACAUGGGCGUGCUCACGCAGAAGUGCAUCAAGAAGUUCCCGCUGGACGGCUCCUGGGGCAAUCUGACCGACGAGAACUGGGACUAUCACAAUCGCAACAGCUCCAACUGGUACUCGGAGGACGAGGGCAUCUCGUUUCCGCUCUGCGGCAAUAUAUCCGGCGCGGGGCAAUGCGACGAUGACUACGUGUGCCUGCAGGGGUUUGGGCCGAAUCCGAACUACGGCUACACCAGUUUCGAUUCGUUUGGCUGGGCCUUCCUGUCCGCCUUCCGGCUGAUGACACAGGACUUCUGGGAGGACCUGUACCAGCUGGUGUUGCGCGCCGCCGGACCAUGGCACAUGCUGUUCUUUAUAGUCAUCAUCUUCCUAGGUUCAUUCUAUCUUGUGAAUUUGAUUUUGGCCAUUGUUGCCAUGUCGUAUGACGAAUUGCAAAAGAAGGCCGAAGAAGAAGAGGCUGCCGAAGAGGAGGCGAUACGUGAAGCGGAGGAGGCUGCCGCCGCCAAAGCGGCCAAGCUGGAGGAACGAGCAAAUGCGCAGGCUCAGGCAGCAGCGGAUGCGGCUGCCGCCGAAGAGGCUGCACUGCAUCCGGAGAUGGCCAAGAGCCCGACGUAUUCGUGCAUCAGCUAUGAGCUGUUCGUUGGCGGCGAGAAGGGCAACGAUGACAACAACAAGGAGAAGAUGUCCAUUCGCAGCGUCGAGGUGGAGUCGGAGUCGGUGAGCGUUAUACAAAGACAACCAGCACCUACCACAGCACACCAAGCUACCAAAGUUCGUAAAGUGAGCACGACAUCCUUAUCCUUACCUGGUUCACCGUUUAACAUACGCAGGGGAUCACGUAGUUCUCACAAGUACACGAUACGGAACGGACGUGGUCGCUUUGGUAUACCCGGUAGCGAUCGCAAGCCGUUGGUAUUGUCAACAUAUCAGGAUGCCCAGCAGCACUUGCCCUAUGCUGACGACUCGAAUGCCGUCACCCCAAUGUCCGAGGAGAAUGGGGCCAUCAUAGUGCCCGUAUACUACGGCAACCUAGGCUCUCGGCAUUCAUCGUACACCUCGCAUCAGUCCCGAAUAUCGUAUACCUCACAUGGCGAUCUACUCGGCGGCAUGGCCGUCAUGGGCGUCAGCACAAUGACCAAGGAGAGCAAAUUGCGCAACCGCAACACACGCAAUCAAUCAGUGGGCGCCACCAAUGGCGGCACCACCUGCCUGGACACCAAUCACAAGCUCGAGCAUCGCGACUACGAAAUCGGUCUGGAGUGCACGGACGAAGCUGGGAAGAUUAAACAUCACGACAAUCCUUUUAUCGAGCCCGUCCAGACACAAACGGUGGUCGACAUGAAAGAUGUGAUGGUCCUGAAUGACAUCAUCGAACAGGCCGCUGGUCGGCACAGUCGGGCAAGCGAUCGCGGUGUCUCCGUUUACUAUUUCCCAACAGAAGACGAUGACGAGGACGGGCCAACGUUCAAAGACAAGGCACUCGAGGUGAUCCUCAAGGGCAUCGAUGUGUUUUGUGUGUGGGAUUGUUGCUGGGUGUGGUUGAAAAUUCAGGAGUGGGUCUCGCUAAUAGUCUUCGAUCCCUUCGUCGAGCUCUUCAUCACGCUGUGCAUUGUGGUGAACACGAUGUUCAUGGCGAUGGAUCACCACGACAUGAACAAGGAGAUGGAGCGCGUCCUCAAAAGUGGCAAUUAUUUCUUCACGGCCACGUUUGCCAUCGAGGCCACCAUGAAGCUGUGCGCCAUGAGCCCCAAAUACUAUUUCCAGGAGGGCUGGAACAUCUUCGACUUCAUCAUCGUGGCCCUCUCGCUUUUGGAGCUGGGUCUUGAGGGUGUCCAGGGCUUGUCUGUCUUGCGUUCGUUUCGAUUGCUGCGUGUAUUCAAAUUGGCCAAGUCUUGGCCAACACUUAAUUUACUCAUUUCGAUUAUGGGACGCACCAUGGGCGCUUUGGGUAAUCUGACAUUUGUACUUUGCAUUAUCAUCUUCAUCUUUGCCGUGAUGGGAAUGCAACUGUUCGGAAAGAAUUAUCAUGAUCACAAGGACCGCUUCCCGGAUGGUGACCUGCCGCGCUGGAACUUCACGGACUUUAUGCACAGCUUUAUGAUCGUGUUCCGGGUGCUGUGCGGAGAAUGGAUCGAGUCCAUGUGGGACUGCAUGUACGUGGGCGAUGUCUCGUGCAUUCCCUUCUUCUUGGCCACCGUUGUCAUCGGCAAUCUUGUGGUACUUAACCUUUUCUUAGCCUUGCUUUUGUCCAAUUUUGGCUCAUCUAGCUUAUCAGCGCCGACUGCCGAUAACGAUACGAAUAAAAUAGCCGAGGCCUUCAAUCGAAUCGGCCGGUUUAAAAGUUGGGUUAAGCGUAAUAUUGCUGAUUGUUUCAAGUUAAUACGUAACAAAUUGACAAAUCAAAUAAGUGAUCAACCAUCAGGCAAAGGCGUAUGUCGUUGUAUAUCUGCAGAGCAUGGUGACAACGAACUGGAGCUGGGUCACGACGAGAUCCUCGCCGAUGGCCUGAUCAAGAAGGGAAUCAAGGAGCAGACGCAACUGGAGGUGGCCAUCGGGGAUGGCAUGGAGUUCACGAUACACGGCGACAUGAAGAACAACAAGCCGAAGAAAUCCAAAUAUCUAAAUAACGCAACGAUGAUUGGCAACUCAAUUAACCACCAAGACAAUAGACUGGAACACGAGCUAAACCAUAGAGGUUUGUCCUUACAGGACGACGACACUGCCAGCAUUAACUCAUAUGGUAGCCAUAAGAAUCGACCAUUCAAGGACGAGAGCCACAAGGGCAGCGCCGAGACGAUGGAGGGCGAGGAGAAGCGCGACGCCAGCAAGGAGGAUUUAGGUCUCGACGAGGAACUGGACGAGGAGGGCGAAUGCGAGGAGGGCCCGCUCGACGGUGAUAUCAUUAUUCAUGCACACGACGAGGAUAUACUCGAUGAAUAUCCAGCUGAUUGCUGCCCCGAUUCGUACUAUAAGAAAUUUCCGAUCUUAGCCGGUGACGAUGACUCGCCGUUCUGGCAAGGAUGGGGCAAUUUACGACUGAAAACUUUUCAAUUAAUUGAAAAUAAAUAUUUUGAAACAGCUGUUAUCACUAUGAUUUUAAUGAGUAGCUUAGCUUUGGCAUUAGAAGAUGUACAUCUGCCACAAAGACCCAUACUGCAGGAUAUUUUAUACUAUAUGGACAGAAUAUUUACGGUUAUAUUCUUCUUGGAAAUGUUAAUCAAGUGGUUGGCGCUCGGCUUCAAAGUGUACUUCACCAACGCGUGGUGUUGGCUCGAUUUCGUGAUUGUCAUGGUAUCGCUUAUCAACUUCGUUGCUUCACUUGUUGGAGCUGGUGGUAUUCAAGCCUUCAAGACUAUGCGAACGUUAAGAGCACUGAGACCACUACGUGCCAUGUCCCGUAUGCAGGGCAUGAGGGUCGUCGUUAAUGCGCUGGUACAAGCUAUACCGUCCAUCUUCAAUGUGCUAUUGGUGUGUCUAAUAUUUUGGCUAAUUUUUGCCAUAAUGGGUGUACAGCUUUUUGCUGGAAAAUAUUUUAAGUGCGAGGACAUGAACGGCACGAAGCUCAGCCACGAGAUCAUACCAAAUCGCAAUGCCUGCGAGAGCGAAAACUACACGUGGGUGAAUUCAGCAAUGAAUUUCGAUCAUGUAGGUAACGCGUAUCUGUGCCUUUUCCAAGUGGCCACCUUCAAAGGCUGGAUACAAAUCAUGAACGAUGCUAUCGAUUCACGAGAGGUGGACAAGCAACCAAUUCGUGAAACGAACAUCUACAUGUAUUUAUAUUUCGUAUUCUUCAUCAUAUUUGGAUCAUUUUUCACACUCAAUCUGUUCAUUGGUGUUAUCAUUGAUAAUUUUAAUGAGCAAAAGAAAAAAGCAGGUGGAUCAUUAGAAAUGUUCAUGACAGAAGAUCAGAAAAAGUACUAUAAUGCUAUGAAAAAGAUGGGCUCUAAAAAACCAUUAAAAGCCAUUCCAAGACCAAGGUGGCGACCACAAGCAAUAGUCUUUGAAAUAGUAACCGAUAAGAAAUUCGAUAUAAUCAUUAUGUUAUUCAUUGGUCUGAACAUGUUCACCAUGACCCUCGAUCGUUACGAUGCGUCGGACACGUACAACGCGGUCCUAGACUAUCUCAAUGCGAUAUUCGUAGUUAUUUUCAGUUCCGAAUGUCUAUUAAAAAUAUUCGCUUUACGAUAUCACUAUUUUAUUGAGCCAUGGAAUUUAUUUGAUGUAGUAGUUGUCAUUUUAUCCAUCUUAGGUCUUGUACUUAGCGAUAUUAUCGAGAAGUACUUCGUGUCGCCGACCCUGCUCCGAGUGGUGCGUGUGGCGAAAGUGGGUCGAGUCCUGCGACUGGUCAAGGGAGCCAAGGGCAUCAGGACACUGCUAUUCGCAUUGGCCAUGUCGCUGCCGGCCCUGUUCAACAUCUGCCUGCUGCUGUUCCUGGUUAUGUUCAUCUUCGCCAUCUUCGGCAUGUCCUUCUUCAUGCACGUGAAGGAGAAGAGCGGCAUCAACGACGUCUACAAUUUCAAGACCUUUGGACAGAGCAUGAUCCUGCUCUUUCAGAUGUCGACGUCAGCCGGUUGGGAUGGUGUACUGGACGCCAUUAUCAAUGAGGAAGCAUGCGAUCCACCCGACAACGACAAAGGCUAUCCGGGCAAUUGUGGUUCAGCGACCGUUGGAAUAACGUUUCUCCUCUCAUACCUAGUUAUAAGCUUUUUGAUAGUUAUUAAUAUGUACAUUGCUGUCAUUCUCGAGAACUAUAGUCAGGCCACCGAGGACGUGCAAGAGGGUCUGACAGACGAUGACUACGACAUGUACUACGAGAUCUGGCAGCAGUUCGAUCCGGAGGGCACACAGUACAUACGCUACGACCAGCUGUCCGAGUUCCUGGACGUGCUGGAGCCCCCGCUGCAGAUCCAUAAGCCUAACAAGUACAAGAUCAUAUCGAUGGACAUACCCAUCUGUCGCGGCGACCUCAUGUACUGCGUCGACAUCCUCGACGCCCUCACCAAAGACUUCUUCGCGCGCAAGGGCAAUCCGAUAGAAGAGACGGGCGAGAUCGGCGAGAUAGCGGCCCGCCCGGACACGGAGGGCUACGAGCCCGUCUCAUCGACGCUGUGGCGCCAACGGGAGGAGUAUUGUGCCCGAUUGAUCCAGCAUGCCUGGCGCAAGCACAAAGCGCGCGGCGAGGGAGGUGGGUCCUUCGAGCCGGAUCCGGAUCAGGGUGGUGGUGGCGAUGGCGGCGAUCCCGAUGCCGCCGAACCGCAGCUUGAUGAACCGACGGAUGCCGAGGGCCCCGAAGGAGAUGGAAGUGGUGUUAAUGGUACAGGAACUGGAGAUGGAGCUGCCGAUGCCGACGAGAACAAUGUAAAUAGUCCGGGUGAGGAUGCAGCGGCAGCAGCAGCGGCGGCGGCGGGUACGACGACGGGAACGGCGGCGGGAAGUCCGGGAGCGGGCAGCGCCGGACGACAGACCGCCGUUCUCGUGGAGAGCGACGGGUUCGUGACGAAGAACGGCCACAAGGUGGUCAUCCACUCGCGAUCGCCGAGCAUCACGUCGCGCACGGCGGAUGUCUGAGCCAGGCCUCGCCCCCCCCUCCAAGAUGCACGCGAGUAUUAGCAUGAGUACGUGUUGGAUGUUGCAUGUUGCAUCAGCGACGUGCAACAACAGUAAGCUAACAACAACAGCGAACAUGGCGAACAACAAGCAUAAUUUUCUGCUAUAUAAUGAAAGUACGACAUACAAACAAAUACAACAACAAUAAAUACAACAACAACAACAUCAUCAUCAAAAGAACAACAACAACAACCGAUGAAAUAACGAAGAAGAACAACACCAGUGUAAUGUCUUUGAGUUACAUAUAUGUAAACCCGCAUUAUUCAGUUAACGAGUCAGCAACCAACAACAAUCAUACUUAAGCUAAACCGAAAUGUCUAAAUAAUUUGUAAGCAACUCGUAGUCCAAUCAAUUUAGGCGUUUUUCCAAACAACUAUUGGCCCAAGCAGGUGAAAGAAGAUGAUCAACAUCCAUACACACAAACACCAACACACACAUUAACAUGACCAUAAACAAGUAUAAUCCCAAAAAAAAAUAAUCGAAACAGAUAACAAAGUGAAAGAACGAUGAACAAGCUCUAAAAAUUGUAUUUGCCAGUAGUAAGACAACAAACAACACGCUUGAUUUAACUAACUACUUACCAAACGAAAAAAGCAAAUAGCAAGAAAAAGAACAGAAAGAGGAAGACGUGCGUACAACGGUAAAGGUAAGGGAGCAGAAGCAAAACCUCAAAAACAAGUCCCCCAAAAGCUACAUUCUAAAAUAAACAAGAUUAACUUUUUUAACUUAUUCUAAACGUGAUGAGAACACCAAUUUGCAUAGUUUGUAUUGUACAUUUAUCCAGCUAAAUAAUGAAAAACCAAAGGGAGUAAAUCAAAAGCGGACCUGAAACAAGUAACUAAAGCAACACCAAUAAAAAUUACCGCCUGAACUGCCAUUGAAAGCAAUACGAACCAAAAAAAGUAAAACAAAAGAGAGAAAAACAAAAGCGAAAGCUAAAUGUCAAAGUUUAUUCACACAAUAUUCAUACACCCACUCACACUCACACAGAAGGAAGGGAAAAGGUCACCCUGGAGAGUAAUAGGCAGACAGAGUAAUUUCAGAUUCAGAAACGAUCUUAACUAUCGAUCGGAAAUAUUCCCUUUGCAGUUUCGAUUCCCAUUAUCCCAUUGGGCCAGCAAGAGUUAAAAGUUCAAAGCAAACAUUUCACUCAUGGAGAUCGGAUUGUAGAGGUAAUGCCCCCCUUUUGAGGUUAUAUCCUCACCAUGAGGUUAUGUUCUCACUUUGAGGUUAUGUCCUCGCACACACACAUUAUAUACACGAACAAACACCGAAACACCAACACAAAGCGACAACAGUACCAUACAAAAUCUUUGGAGUUGGGGCGCAUGGAGCUAAAGAAAGUGAGACAAAGACGAGUGAAACCUUAAAAGAAAACCUUAUCAAUUCAAAUUUGAAUUCGAUCAGUCAAAAAAUCGAUAAACAAAAACAAUUUACGAUAAGAACGCGCAGAAAGUGUUUAAAUGAAUUGAACAAUACCAGAAUGUGAAGUGAAAGAGAAAGAGAACCAGUACCCAAACAAGUUCAAAGCGAGGCGAAGCAAGUGCUAUAAGACGAAUAAAAUAAAAGAGAAAAUAGGAGAAAAAGCGUUUGUGCCUAGCACAAGACAAGACUAAAGCAUACAAAGAAACGAAAACGAGUGAACAAUUUAAACAAGUUUUUGUUUUCAAAGUGCUCUAUUUUCACAUACUUCUUUUUUAUCUUAACCUACAAGUAGAAUCGAACAAAGGUCGCGAUUAUUGCUAAAUUACACAAUGAGCAAGGAGAGUAAAUACGAAAAGAAUAUAUAUUACACGUAAUUAUAACAUAACUAAUUUAACUAAAAUACGAUAUUGAUACUGAAUUGAAUUCAAACAAAGUUUUAGCCCGACCGCUUAAAGGCGUAGCAUACUUUUCAGAGGCUGCUGCCUUAGCAUUCGCUUUCCUUUUCGUAUCCGCCGCAGCCGCGCUAUGACGAAGGACAAGGUGAUAUGAGAGAUUCGAUAACCGAUAACCAAACCAAAAAACAAUUAGAAUAUUCCCUUCAGUUGCGCUCAAUUUUGCCAAGCUAAGCUUUGUUUGAAUCAGCUUUACAACAUUUGAUUUCUUUGGUUUCUCUGUCGUUUCAUUUACUAGCAAUGCCUUUUCGCCGCUGUUCAGUUCUGUAUCGACAAGCAAACGAUUACCGAUUACCAAUUACCGAUUACGAUAACGAUCAAUAAUACUCCAUCGAAUGGCUCCACUACUCUGACAGUUGGGGAUCAUUUCGGCUCGAGAGCCGCCGCAAACGAAAUUAAAUGUGAGGUUCCAUUGCGCACACACACUGAACUCACUCGCCACAUUCACCCACUCACCCACUCACCCAAGAAACAUCAAGAAACUCAGAGACACGUAAAUGCUUUGCUUUUGCUUCAAAAUUGCUGCAAUCGUAGGAGGUGAAUGAAAAAAGAAUACUUUGGGAUAAAGCGCUUUUUGGUUUUGAGAAUAAAACUAUUUCCAAUUCACCCACUGACACUCACGUCCAUGAAAAAACACACACAGAGACAGACAUGGACAUUGAAAGGACCUUCUUUCAGUGGCAAUCCUCUUUUCGCUGACUUGCUCUCACUCGAUCUCCGACACGAAUUAGUACAAUUCUACAAAACAUGCUUUCACACACUGCCUGACUUUUACCUAUCUGUUGAAUCAAAUACAAAUGCGGAACUUGUUCUGAGCACAUCCACAUCUAACCACUAAAGACUAAACAGCAUCGUACAAAAUUACUCAAUAACAAUUGAGAAAUCACCUUCGACCAACCAAUUAUGUGUUUUUUGACUGCAAACAAUUUGGAUUUGCCAAACCCUUUUCGACAUAAUUCCGUUUCAUUUAGUUCCCAAUACUUUAUUACUAGUAGUUUAGAAUUACCUUGAUGCAGUUGUUUGAUUGCAAAUGGCCAGAGUGUAGAACUAGUUUGUUUUCUUGGUAUAACAAUGUCAGCACUUUUAUGACACAUUUGUAUGACAGUUGUAGGCCACAGUCUUCAAACUAUUGUAUAACAGUUGAAUUAAAAUGUCAAACUAAAUUUCAUGUACAGUUGAACACUCUUGAAAUGGUUUUUACAAAGGAAAGAAACACAUUUGAACCCAGCAUUGGCCACUUUGCAUCGAUCAACUCUCUCAAUCCGGUUGUACGACAUAAAAUUGAAAAAAAAAAAAUUAGAUCAAGCCGCAACAGUUCAGAUUUCACCGUCUCAAGGCGUUUAAACACAAUUUAUCCUAACCAACACCAAAAAGUAACGCAAACAACAAAAACUGUAGAGUAAUUAACUUGUGUACAUUAUGGGGACCAGUUUAAGCGUUGCCUUAAAGUCCAAAAAAUUAAGUGUUUAUUUGUUGCGCACGCUUUUACAAGAAGCUUUGUCGAUGAUCAGUAACCCGUUAGGAUUGUGCUACAAAUAGGCACCCACACACCCCAUCAUCUUGACCCUGUGACCCCCUGUUAACCCCUUGACCCCUGAAAACCCCUGAAAACCCCUGAAAACCCCUGAAAACCCCUCACCAAACCCCCAGACGCAACGCAACCCGACUCGAACAGACUCCGCUUUGGUUCGCCUUAACCUCAUCGUAUUACGUAUUUCCCCCACAUUGAUUUUUACGCUUGCCAAUUGUCAAUUUUGUAACGACUUGAAUGUAGCUUCAUUAUUAUACAUUUUGUUGGCUGUUUGACAAAUAAUACGAGUACCCACUUUGAUAAAUAAUAGGACACAUGAAAAAAUAACGCAAAACGAUUAAUCGCUUAGUCGAGAAUAAUAAACGAAACAUGCUAUAAACUAAUAACAGAAAAUUAAGUUUGAAAAUUCCGUACAAAAUGCAUAAGUUUAACGAAAAAAAGCAUAUAAUAUUGAGAAAACUAAACGAAUAAUAUAUCUACUUAUACUGAGUGCACUGUUAUAAACGAGGGGCGGGGCGAGAUUAAAUAAACAACAACAAAAACGAAUCAAACGAAAAUGAAAAUGAAAAACAAAACAAAACAAAAAAGAAAAGAAAAACAAAACAUAUUAAUAAUGGUAUAUACUUCAAGAUAUUGUAUUAUCUAUGUGUGAAUAACAUCAUCUGCGAAACAACAGCCACACACAUGAAGCUUAUGCGACAAGCAAACAAAUAAAAAAAAAAAACAAAAAAAGAAACAGACAAACUAAAGAUAGGUUGAGGAAGAGAUACUCUAUAAUAGUUGUGUAAAUUUACAAUAAUAAAAGCCGAAAGAUUGAAAUGAAUUUUAGCAAGCGGGAAGUUCAAGCGAAACCGGAACGCAAAUCGAAAUCGAAAAGUUAAAAAAUAUAUAUGUAUGAGGACUUGAAGACGACAUGAAGACGAAGAGGACGACGUCGUCGUGGACGGAUGAUAAUGAUAUUGAUAAGAAAAUCUAUUUCAUAUUUUUAGCAUACGUGUAAACAUAUUUUUUGUGCCGAGGUUACGUUCGAAGCAACACGCGCAUCAUUGCCAUUAGACAAAAUAAUAUUAAUUAUAUAUACAAUAUGCCUAACAAUAAUAAUACGGGAAAACCAAAAAACUACCACUAAUAAUUAUAAAACAACCAAAAACAAAAACAAAAAAAAAAAACCAACAACUGCAUAUUUUGUGCUGCUGAAGAAAGUCACAACGCAACAAAAAACAUGAUAACAAUAAAACGAUAUAAAUUUCUAACAAUUUUAGAGCAAUAAAACCACAUACACAAUCACACCGAAAAACAAAAAACAAACAAACAAACAAACCAAAAACACACACACACACACUCUCAUCACAGAAGUUUGCCGAAUAUUUGCACCGCCACUGUGGCCUAAUCGGCGUGCGAAAGAGAGCGAGAUGGGGCGAAAAGCGCUUUGCACUGCUCUCUCACGGGCCGCACAGUGGCGUCGCAAGGUUUGCAACCAUCAACAGCCAGCAGCAUUCUCAAUUACCAAAUACAAAUGAAAACGUAAAUGCAAGGAGAUGUUGCAUUGCAAUUACAGAAACGAUAAACAAUUUUUUUAGAUACACUUCAAAAAUCAAAGCGUGGAAAUUUCAAUAUUAGUUAAUAAUAAAAUCCUUUUUUGUUAACUCACUAUAUUAAAAUGAAAACAAAGAUGGACAAAAACUUUAGCUUUAUACUCGUACAUUUGUAAUAUAUUACAUAAGUCUAGUUAAUUACAUAAAAACAAAGGAAAAUAGAAAAUAUAUUAUAAAUUAUAAUUAUACAAAAGAAAAACCAAAAAAUUUUACAAAUAAAAAAAACGCAAAAAAAAACAAAACCAAAUCAAACGAAGCAUAGCAAAUGAAAUUCAAAGUAAAUUCAUAAAUAGCGAACAAAAAACUAAAAAAAAAGGAGAAAACCAAAAACGAACUGUAAAAAAAAAGAAAAAAAACAUUUAAUUGUAAAACAGCCAGUUAUUAUGCAUAGCUAAUAAAAUUCAAAUACAGAGAAGAGCAGGAGAUGAAAUCAAGAAAUAAGAACAAUUAUUGCAAUUAGAUAUUCUACAUAAAAAAUUCUAAAUCUUUAGUAAAGCAUAAGUUGCAUAUACAACCACACAAACAUAAACACAAAGGCCCGCACAUACGCAUUCCCGUAUAUUCGAGUUAAAAGCGAGUAUGAUUUUAUUUUCACGGACUUGAAUGGAUAGUUAUCUUUAUAUCGAGUGUUAUCAGUUGCCAGCCCACUCACUCACCCACCCACACACACACACAGACACACAGACAGACGCCAGCCAGGACCUACAAGAGACACAUUGACAGACCCCGGAAAAACCAAAACCACGCCAAGCAGCAGAGAUUAAGUUACCAAAAUCCAAGCCUAUACGAUACCAAAAUCCAAAAACGAAUCCAAAUCAAACCGAACCGAACACAAGAACACACAAUUACGAAAUUUGCCAUCCAGCGAAGUAUUUGCAAUUUAUAUUGAGAGCAAGAGUUAAUAGCAGUUUAUAUAAAGCCCGUUGAACACGAAAACAAAACGAAAAAAAAUAAGAUAAAAGAAAAGAAAAACCAAAAACAGACUGAAGAAAAUGAGAAUUAUUUAACAAGAAAAUUUAUAUAUAUAAUGAUAGCCAAUUAUGACAAUUGCAUCCAAGAAAUAUGAACAGAGUCACAAAAUGCCAAGCUGCUUUUACAUGCAUCCAGAGCUGAGCCCCUUCCACUCACACUGACACACAAAUACGGAGAUAGGCCGGAAAUCCUGCCACGCCCACAAACAACCACCCACCCACAAACACAGACACGGCCACACAAACUGGAGGUAAUGUAGCUCGUAAAAAGAUUGAGAUAUGAGGGAAAUAUGUAUUUAUAUUUAUACACCAAGCAAGCUAGCAAAAAUGGAUACAUGAUACUAAAGAAGCAUAAUUUAAAUAUACAUAUUAAAGGAAGUCUUAACUAAAGCAACAGUAAAAACUGAAAUAACAAAUUAGCGAGAUUACGAAAAGACGUUUGCGAAGAGACACAGGCACCGUUAGCAUAUUUUUUUUAUACAAAUACAAUUUAAGCAAACGAAUACGAAAAUCAACAAAUUGAAGUAAAUUAUUAGUGAGAAACCGAAGCAACUGAUGAUGUCUAUGUAAAGACUUUAUAUAUGCCUGCCAUAUGCCUACAUCUGCCUAGCUGUCUGACUCUAACACAAACUCACACACGAACACAACACUUUCUCCCUUCCCCUCCCCUAACACUCUCUCUCUCUCGCUUGUGCAGACACGAACAGACCGACAGAACUAGACCUCUUCUUGAGUAAUAUCCAUUUAUCAUUCCGCACCAGGGCUCAGGUGUCCUCGAUGAGAAGCGCGGAGAGAGGCGCACUGGAGCCAAGGCUGGUUGUAAACGGUGCAGCGGUUGCAUGUACCAGCCUAUAAGUGUUCAGGCUUCUUAUUGUUUUUGUACGAUUUUGUUUACUCACCCUGAUUUCUUAGCCUUAAUCCCGAUCCAGAGCCGUUGUCGAGCAACUCUAUUUGAUAGCAACUUCCCCGGCUACAAAUUCUUAGUGGUUCAGAUGGCUGUAGGACAAAUCCAAACACCUGACACACACACGCCCACACAGACACAGAGAUUCUCCCCUAAAAGAUGAUAAAGAUAUAUACAUAUGAAUAUGUAUAGAUUAUUUAUGUGCGAUCAAGUAAAAGCAGCUAAAAAAUACCGAAAAACAAAACGUAAAAAAAAAAAAAAAAAAAAAAAUGCUAAAAAAUUAUGACACCCGCCACUUUUCUACUAAAAAGAAAUCGACUGUAUAUAUAUAUACAAAUAUAUAUAUAUAUAUAAAUGAUAAUAUGAGUAUAUUUAUGUAGCAGUAUAACAGUAUGUGUAGUAUAACACUUUGUCCAUUUGCUUGACAAACAGACACAAAAAUUCACAGAAACAACCACAAUACACACACAUAAAGACAGGCACACGAUCUGCAUUUUGUUUUCUAGUUUUUUUUAAGGACAUUAACUUGUAUUAGCGAUACUCUUUAUAAAUAAAUCUUGCAAAAUAAUACGAAUACCGACUAUCGCUGUCAUACAUUUGAAUGUUUUCGCAGGCACUGCCUUCGAUGUUCGAUUGAAGCCAGCCUCUUGUUAUACAUUUUUUCGACAGAAUACGAGUAUUUACCAAUCACAGAUAAUCCAUUAAGUUUGAGCAACACACAUAUUAAUACAAAUAUACCUACAUACAUAUAUAUUUUUUUUAUAACAACGUAUGGGAAAUCUAUAUGGGACAAAUGAAACACAACAACAAUUUUUGUAUGUAUUCAUUUUUAUUAAAAACAAAACGGGAAAAAGGGAAAAUUCAAGCCGAAAACCAAAACAAAGAAAUACUCGUAGAACACACUGACAGACAAAAAUUGUUUUUAUAAAGAUAUAUUCGAUUAAUGUAUUUAAAAUAAAAUAUAAAAAAAAAACGAAAAGAAACAAACGCCUGAAUUAGUUUAUUACGCAAAAGAAAUGAAUUAUAAUUAGUUAAUUCAAAACAAAAUAAAAAGACAAGCAUACCCCAAAAAAAAGGAAACCAAAACUGCACAAUAACAUCUUAAUGUAAAAAAUAUGAACUAAAACAUAAACAAAGCAAAUGCAAAGGAAAAAGCCCAAAGAAAAAGAGAUAAAAAGAAAACGAUUUUUAUUUCCAUUAUAUAUAAAUAAUUAACGCUUUUUUAGUUCUCAAACAAGUUGCGUAUUUUAUGUAUAAUUUAUAAAGAAAAAAAACGACAAAAACAAUUUAUAAUAAAGCAAACCAGAAUAAAUCAAAUUAAUAA